AUGUCGGAUAACCAGAACAACUCGAGUCAACAUGAAGAGUUUGACGACUCCACAGACACGAGCCACAGCCCCGAGUCUGCUCUACCCGAAAAUACCCAUCCAAGUGUUGACGAAGACAGUCAAAGUGAUCCAGCAACUUUAGAUGACCCAUCUAUUGAUGAUGACCCACUUGGCCUUGGUCCCGUUGAGUCGAGAAGCCGGUUUUGGAGUGAAAUACACGACAGUUUCACUCAGCUCCGUUCAUCUGCUCCGAGGGAUUCUGCGGCUCAAGGUUACCCGGCUGUCGAGGGUGAGCAGUCUACUCAGGCUGGAGUUCUUGCCACAUUCUUGAACGAAAAUCACUCCGAUUUCGUUCGAAACCAAGUUAUCCCUUCCUUCGAAAGCGCAGUCCAACAGGCUCGGAACUCCCCCGACGUCAUCGAACAACCUCGACCCAGUGACCAGAUGUCCGGUGCAUUGCCCACGCGCGCUGCCAGAAUAACGGCGAAUCCAAUAGAAAUGGAUACCACAACGGACCCAAGAUUUGUCGAGGCAAUGCAGGUCAUUGCUGAGGAGAUUCGUGGAGUCAUGCGAGCCUUUCACGCUUUCCAACAACAGGCCUAUUGCGAUACUCUACGUUUGGUAAUCACAAGGCGCGAACGCGAACGCCGUGUUGCUCUUCUGACAGCGACUCGCGAUUCAUUCCUCGCCGAACUCUUUAUCUAUGAGGAGCUUCUCCAGAGACAAUUUUCAGGCGACGAAAGCUUCGAGUUCAUAUAG